AUGACGCAAUUGAAGUAUUUAAUACUGGUUUCUAGACAAGGAAAGAUUAGAUUGAAGAAGUGGUACACGGCAAUGUCCGCCAGUGAAAAAGCGAAAAUAGCGAAGGAUCUGACGCCUACGAUAUUGGCAAGAAAGCCUAAAAUGUGUAAUAUAAUCGAGUAUAGUGAUCACAAAGUAGUGUACAAGCGAUAUGCAAGCCUUUUCUUCAUCGUAGGGGUGACGCCAGAUAUCGACAACGAGCUGUUGACUUUGGAGAUUAUUCAUCGAUUUGUGGAGACAAUGGACACGUAUUUCGGCAAUGUCUGUGAACUAGACAUCAUUUUCAACUUCAAUAAAGUCUACGAUAUCUUGAAUGAAAUGAUUAUGUGCGAUGGGUCCAUCGCAGAGAGCAGCAGGAAGGAAGUCCUCCACCAUGUGACCGUGAUGGAUACCAUGGAGAGUAACGAUAACCUGGAAAGAGUGUUGAGUUAG